AUGCUCAUCCGGUUGUUCCUGCCACUGGCAGUGGUCUCCACCCUGCUUCUCCUUGGCCUGCCCGCGGUCAGUGGGUAUAGCUCAAAGGACCUGCUCGUCUGGAUGCAGGCCAGCAACCUGGGCUACCAGGUGCUCCAGCAGGCGGCGCUUAACGACAACAAUCAAUCCACGACGGCAGCCGAGGCAGCCUGUGUGGAUGAAGUGCGUCUGCUUCUGAAGGCCGCGGAGGCCAAGUCCUUGCCCGCUCUAAGAGUGCUCGAUGCCUGGGGCAAGUUCCCGCAGGGCCUGCUCUAUGGCCACUUCACCGACCUUGGCAACUACGAGUCCUGUAUGAGCCCGAGCCACUCUGAAUCCAAGUACUGCCUGAGCCACAUCCAGUUCGAUAGCCUGCUGCUGGAGGCCGCCGGUGCGGAGGCUCUCACCCUGAGCAUUGGCACUUGUCUACCGGCCACCUGCUCGGCGGAGCAGCUUAACCGCUGGCUAAGGGGUCACCUACAGGAGCUCUUUGGACAAAACUCAACGGGAGUUGUGAUGGUGGGCGAGCAGGACUGCUCGCUGGCCAGGAGAGAGCCCAUGGGCGGCCUGGACUGGUUUGCUGUCUCGAUCCUGAUCCUUUUGGGCUUUGUGGUUCUCCUUGCCACCGUUCUGGACUAUGGCAAAGUUUCUGGCCAACUCCUCGGCGCUUUCUCGCUUCGCCAAAACCUGCCGCAGUUGCUGACCACCUCGAGCACACCCUCACCGCGGUUGAUUCCCUGCCUGCAUGGCAUCCGCUGCCUGACCAUCAUCUGGAUUAUUCUAGGACAUGGUUACAUGUACCUGCUGCUGGCACCCACCGUGAACUCUUUGGAGAUUGUGGCCUGGGCCAGGACACCCUUCUCUAUGGUAAUGCAGAGUGGAGCCGUCUCUGUGGACACCUUCUUCCUGCUGAGUGGCCUGCUCCUGGUGCUUUCCAGCCUGCGUGAGCUGGAGCGCACAAAGGGUAGCUUGAAUGUGCCGCUGAUGUACCUUCACCGCCUGGUGCGGCUAACGCCUGUCCUGGCUUUGGCCGUGCUCCUCUUUAUGACGCUCUUUCCCCGUUUGGACAAUGGUCCGCUGUGGCAGCAGUUCACCAGCUCCUCGGAGCUCUGCAGCGACUCCUGGUGGGCCACGCUGCUUUAUGUACAGAACUAUGCGGCUCCUGGAAGGAUGUGUCUGGGGCACUCCUGGUAUUUGGCUGUGGACAUGCAGCUGUAUGUGCUUUCGCCCAUUCUGCUGAUUGCUCUUUACAAGUGGGGCAAGCGGGCUAUUGGGGGCAUCUUGCUGCUGAUCCUGCUGCUCUUUGGCUGCGUCUUUAGCAUUGUUAUGCUGCGGCAGUUGCAGGUCUUUGACCGCCAUGGCAACCUGGGUGCCGACAGUCCCGAAAUGCGUCUCCUGUACUACACCACCCAUGCCCGGGCCACGCCCUGGCUGAUUGGACUCCUCUUUGGCUACUUCCUGCACCACCAGGGCAAGCAGGCCACCAAGAUGGCAGCUGUGCCCCUCUGGCUGGCUCUGGCUUUGUGGGUGGUCUGCCUCAGCCUCCUCCUGGUGGUGAUCUUCGCCGUGUUUCCUUACACUCAGGAUGGAGCGGAGUCUAUCUCGCCGCUGGCCGGCGCCUUCUAUCUCUGCUGCAGCCGCAUUGCCUGGCCUUUGGCUUUGUGCUGGCUCAUCUGGGCCUGCCAAAAUGGUUUGGCUCCGGUGAUUGGUGACCUGCUGGGCUGGUCCUUCUGGCAGCCACUGUCCAAGCUCUCCUACUGCCUCUACAUUUGGCAUUUGCUCGUGGAGACGGUACAUGUGGCGCGCAGCAAGACAAGUUUGCAUUUCUCCAACUAUGAUGCUAUCCUCCGCUUCUGGUCGGACUUUGGCAUCACUCUUUUUGUGGCCCUGGUCAUGUACUUAUGCGUGGAGGUGCCGCUGGCUCGCCUCGAGAUGCAGCUGUUGCGCAGGCGCAGCAAGCCGCAGCCACCGGCCAACUCCCAGCCAGCAGACCAGGCCCUCGAGGAGGUACCUGCUCCAGCCACAAGCAUUUCCCGACAAAAUCUAGUCGAUCCGUAA